AUGAAGCUCUCCAUUCUCUCCCUCACAGCCCUCACGCCCCUAGCGGCCGCUCACUUCAAACUCGAUUACCCAACACCCCGUGGUGAAAAUGAGGACAAGAUGACCACCUUCCCCUGCGGCGGCCUAGCUCAGUCGUCUGAACGUACCAAGGUCUCAAUCUCGGAUGGUUUCUUCCCUGUGGCCGUGACGAUGGGUCACACGCAGACUGCUUUCGAAGUGUUAUUGUCUCUGGGCAAUGACCCCGGUACCAACUUCAAUGUUACUUUGGUGCCAACUUUUGGCGCGCGGGGAUUGGGCUCGCUUUGUAUCCCACAUGUCGCUUUUCAUGAGGACACAUUGGGUGUCAAUGUCACAGAUGGCAUGAAUGCGACUGUGCAAGUUCAGAGUAAUGGUGAUCCUACCGGGGGCCUUUAUGCGUGUGCGGACAUCCAAUUCUCUUCUAGCACCGAUUACCCCGACUCAUCCUGUAAGAAUAACACCAACGUCGCCGCCGCACCUUUCACCGGAGAAGCUGCACAACGCAACGCCAACGAGUCUACUGCCAAUGGCGGCGCACAGAGCGGUGGCUCUUCCACCUCGGACUCGGAUUCGGCCUCGACAUCGACAGGCGGUGCUGUUGCUUUGCAGACUGCUGCUUGGGGUAUGCUUGGCGUGGCGGUUGCUGGUGGUAUGGCGGUACUGUGA